AUGGGCAAAAAGCGGCCCACCACUCCCAAGCCACCACGGCCCGCCCGAGUCCUGGAAGUGCCAGGGCUGAAGCCCAAGGCCUCCGCAGUUCAAGCGGAACCUGCUGAGCCUGAGCAGCCGGUGAAGGCUGCUGCACCCAACAAAAAGCGCAAGAAGGGCAAGGCAAACAAGGCCUCUGGCGAUGAGAUGCCGGAGGCUGCAGAAGAGCCCCAGGAGCCAGCGGCUUCUGUGGCCGAUGCUCCAGAGGAACGCCCUGCACCACGCGUGCUGCACAUACCAGGCAAAGCAAGUCGUGGAUCCGAGAAGCGCCGAUUCAUGUCGGACAAAGUCUCCAGCAUUCGCUCGAAGCCUCAGGAACCCAAGCAGAAGGUACGCAGGGGAAAGGGUGGCCCUGACCAAGAGGACUCCGCAGAGUUCAAGAAGGCUCUGAAAGAUGUCCUGAAUUUCGUCAUGCCUCAGCUGGGGAAGUCCGAGCGGAUCCAGUACGAAAAG